GAGGAGGAGGAGGGGGGAUGCAUUCUGUGGUUUGGAACUGCUGUGAGUGAGUGAGUGACGUCUUUGAUUCAUCAUCCAACAACCUCAUGAGUGGCAGGGGUGUGCUAUAUAAGCCCAGGCUCAUCCGUUUUUGGAUAACAACUGCAAACCUCCACCAACUGACCUCAACCCUUUACCAAAGUUCAGGCAUCCCUACAGGUCCUCGUUAGUGCCUUGAGUCCCCAGCAUGCUGCCCGGGAAAGCGGCUGAUGUCCGGCACUGCGUCCUGACCAGCCGCUGGCUGCCCGCAGCCCUGGCGCUGGUCCUGCUGCUGUCCAGCAGCCUCAGCCGCGCGCACAGCACCACGGUGGAGCACGACUUCCACAUCGUUCACAACGUGGACAACAGAAGCCCAGAGAUAGACCCGUUCUGGUACGUGGGACGCGGGGUGAGACCCAUCGGGCGCUUCGGGAAGAGGCACAGCAGCGUGGAUGUGCUGGGCAGCGGCAGGAUGCAGCCCGUUCUCAGGACGUUGGAGCUGCUGCUCAACAGCCUCAGAAACAAAGAAAAUCUUGGAAAAGUACUCAAUGGAGCGGAUGGUGAUUGGUUACCAUGACGACCUGUGCCUCCUCCUCCAUCCAUCCAGAAACUCUCAAUGUCUUCAUCUCUGAUCUCAACUGAGGUCGCAUAUUCCUUUUUUUCCAUUUUGUCCGUCAUGAGGUUUAUCAGAUCUUUGCUGAUUCUAUUCCCCAAAAGUAAAUGUACAUAAAAAA